UAACCUUCUCCGCCUUCCCUUCCAUCAACCACCCUCUCCCUCUCCUUUAGUUUCUCUCUUCUUCUUCUUCUCUUCCAAACCUCCAUAAUCAAUUAAUCAAUGGCGGUCUCAAAACCUCACCUUUUACUCAUCCCUUACCCUCUUCAAGGCCACAUCAUCCCCGCCGUCCACCUCUCCCUCAAACUCGCCGCUGCUGGCUUCUCCAUAACCUUCGUGAACACCGAAGCCGUUCACCACCGUCUCCUAACUAACGGGACCGCUCGCGGCGAUAUCUUCGCCGGCGCUAGGGCCGCCGGCUUUGAUAUACGUUACAAGUUGGUCAGCGACGGUCUUCCGGUCAGCUUCGACCGCUCGUUAAAUCACGAUGAGUUUAUGGAAAAACUGCUUCAUGGCUUCCACCGGAACGUGGAGGUGCUCGCCCGGCGUUUGCCGUCGCUGACCGGUCUGAUUGCAGAUACUUUCUUUGUUUGGCCUGCCACGCUCGCCCGAUCUCUUGGAAUACCGUACGUCUCUUUCUGGACGGAACCUGCCCUUGUGUUUUCUCUGUAUUAUCACAUGGAUCUUCUCCGGGAAAAUGGCCAUUUUGCGUCGGAUGAUAAUCGAAAAGAUACGAUCACCUAUUUACCGGGGGUGACGGCAAUCGAACCGGUCGAUCUAAUGUCCUACCUUCAAGACACCGACACCUCGACCGUGGUUCACCAAAUCAUCUACAAAGCCUUCGACGAAGCUCACCGAGCCGAUUUCGUGCUCUGCAACACGGUCCAAGAGCUCGAACCCAACACAAUCUCCGCCAUCCAGAAGAAAAAACCGUUCUACGCCGUCGGCCCCAUAUUCCCGACCGCCGUCGGCCGCACCACCGUCGUGCCGACGAGCCUCUGGACCGAGUCGGACUGUUCCCAAUGGCUGAACGCUCGACCGCCUGGCUCAGUUCUCUACAUCUCCUUCGGAAGCUACGCGCAUGUGGAGAAGAAGGAGCUGGAGGAGAUCGCGCACGGGGUGGCGUUGAGCGGGGUGAGCUUCGUCUGGGUGCUUCGACCGGAUGUGGUGAGUUCGGAAGAGCCGGAUCCGUUGCCGGUGGGGUUCAGGGAGGAGACGGCCGGAAGAGGGAUUGUGGUUCAAUGGUGCUGUCAGACGGAGGUUUUGGGGAAUCCGGCGGUGGGAGGGUUUCUGACGCAUUGUGGGUGGAAUUCGGUGUUGGAGAGUGUGUGGAAUGGAGUUCCGAUGAUCUGUUACCCUUUGCUGACGGAUCAGUUUACGAAUAGGAAGUUGGUGGUGGGGGAUUGGAAGGUUGGGGAGGGUUUUAAUGGCGGAAGGGGAGGUGUGAGGAGGGAGGAGGUGGGGAAGAAGAUUGAGGGGUUGAUGAAGGGGAAGGAAGGGGAGAGGAUGAGGGAGGAAUUGAAGAAGGUGAGGGGAGUUUUACGGGCGGCGGCGGCGGGCGGGUCGUCGGGGCGGAAUUUUGAGCGAUUCAUCGAGGAUCUGAAGGGUUGGGGGACGAAGGUCUGAGGACACGUGGAUCACGAUGUGUGGUGGGAUUGGAUCGGGUGGUUGCGUGGGUGUGCGAGAGAAUGAGAGGGCUUGUUCCUUGGCAAGGCCCAUAAAAUAAUUUUUUUGUGCGGGAAAAUGUUUGCGAGGGAUGACGUGGCAAAUUAAGGGCCGAGGGAUAAGAGGUUACGAUUGCAAUCAAAUACUGUUUCGCUGUCAUCUUUGAUUGAUAGUUUUUAUUAGCAAUUAAGAAAUUUUGGAUUUAAGACUUAGAUAUUUUAAUUGAUCUAAAUAUU